GACGUCAGACCUAGGCGACCACAGUACAGUGCCGGGAGAUGUGAAGAAACAGCGCAAACAGCAGAACAACUUACAUCCAAAUACUUUUGCUAUUAAAUGCGACACUUCACAAAGUGCCUACAACUUAUUACCCUCACUCAUAGAAACACUGCAUCUCAAAACAAGAAAGAAUCCUUUGAAACUGGGCCAUGCAUUAAGCUUUGAAGAAUUGACAGUCCUCCUGUGAGCACAACACACGAUGCCUUACCACUGUGUCGCCUAUGGGUGUGGCAAAACUGCCGAAGAUGGCGUAACACUGUUUAAAUUCCCCAAGGACCCUGAAGAGUUUCGCAAAUGGGAGAAGCAGGUCCAGCGGACCCGCACCCACUGGGUCGCUUCACCCAGCUCUUACCUUUGCAGUGAACAUUUUGGGAGGGAGUACUUUGAGCCCAGACCAGUUACAGGAUCUCUGAAGCUGAGGCCAGGAGCUGCUCCGACAGUAUUUGUCCGUCCACACUGUUCAUCCUGCAGUGGAGCAGGCUGUAGUAGCUGCCUACCUGCCAUCCAACGCCGGAGCAUUACAGCUGAACCAAAAGAGCGCAGCGCUAGUGGAGACCACCAUGAAAUGACACCUAUUCAGUCUGAUAAUGCUGUUGUAAGAGGUAAUGAAGAACAUCUGACAGGAUCAGGGUUGAAGCUGGGGGAAAAAAACAAAGAUGAUCGAUCAGUGAUGUGUGAGAUGUGUGGAACCACCGGCACUAUUAGCUCCUUCUUUUCAAAGACGAAGCGUUUCUGCAGCAUCUCCUGCUCACGCUCCUAUUCAUCAAACUCUAAGAGGUCCUCCAUACUGGCACGUCUACAGGGAAAGCCCCCCUCAAAAAAAUCUACUGUGCUGAGUAAGAUGAAAGGCACCCAGCCAGCCCCAACAGCAGUGGAAGCGUCUCCUGGCUUUGACUGGGGCUCCUAUUUGGAGAAGGAAACAUCUCUGGCUGCAUCUGUCUCCUGCUUCAGACAUGCUCCUCUUUGUGCCUACUGGGACGACAUCAGUGUUGGGAUGAAAGUGGAGGUCCUGAACACAAACGCAGUUCUUCCCAGUAAAGUCUACUGGAUCGCUACCGUCAUCCAGGUUGCAGGAUAUAAAGCUCUGUUGAGAUACGAAGGCUUUGAACACGACAGCACACAUGAUUUCUGGUGCAGCCUUGUUUCAGGAGAGCUGAACCCAAUUGGCUGGUGCGCCAUGACGAGCAAACUGCUGGUGCCACCACAAGAUGUGAAUCCAAACAUCCCAGACUGGAAAGAGUAUCUGAUGAAGAAGCUGGUGGGGGCCCACACUCUCCCUGUUGACUUCUACCUGAAGUUGGCAGAACACAUGAAGACCUCUUUCAGAAUUGGCCUGCGGGUGGAGGUGGUGGACCCCAAACACGUGAGCCGGACACGCGUGGCCCUAAUAGACUCCAUCAUCGGCGGCCGCCUGCGGCUGGUGUACGCAGACCAAGGUGACGCUCCUGAGAACACCAUCUCUGAUUUCUGGUGCCACAUGUGGAGUCCCCUCCUGCACCCAAUAGGCUGGUCCAGCAAAGUGGGUCACAACUUAAAAGAAGCUGCCAAUACCAUUGAAGCCUAUGGUGGUUUAAGGAGUAACUCUGACAGCUCAUUCCUGCUCUUUAAAAAGCCAAGAUUUGUCUACAUGGAGGGAAGUUUCUUUGAAAAAGGAAUGAAGCUGGAGGCCAUCGACCCUCUUAACCUGGGAAAUAUCUGUGUGGCUACUGUACAAAAGGUGCUGUUGGACGGCUACCUGAUGGUGGGAAUCGAUGGCACCGUUUCAGACGUUGGGUCUGGCUGGUUUUGUUACCAUGCUUCCUCUCAUGCCAUCCUUCCAGUGGACUUCUGUAAAAAGAACAACAUCCCUCUCACUGUACCUCGAGGUUAUGACUCUCAGACCUUCACCUGGGACAAAUACUUGAAGGAGACGAACGCUAAAGCUGCACCGGCAAGACUGUUCAACGCUGACUACCCAGGUCAUAGCUUCUCCCCCAACAUGAAGCUGGAGGCGGUGGACCUGAUGGAGCCACGUCUGGUGUGUGUGGCCACUGUGAAGCGCUGCGUUGGCCGCCUGCUGCUCAUCCACUUUGACGGCUGGGAGGAUGAGUUUGAUCAGUGGAUCGACCACCAGUCCCCAGACAUUUACCCUGCUGGCUGGUGUGAGCUCGUAGGCUACCAGCUCCAGCCGCCUCCUGGUCUCGUUGAUUUAGUUGAAAACCCGGUGGCACGGAACAAGAAAACCAAGCCCUAUGUGUAUGGGAGAAAGAGAAGGAAGUACACAAGGAAGAGGCUGUCUCAGGAGCAAGCUGGAGACGAUGAAGAUCAUCAGACUGAGGUCGCCAGCACCGACAGUCCUCAAGAUCUUCCUCCAAAAAUGCCGCUGAUCCAGCCCAAGGCCGAGCAAGAGGAGCAGGAGAUCUUUGCAGUGGAGGUGAAAGUGGAGGAGAUGGAGACUCCUAUUGAAGACUCUGAACAAGCCUCUGUGGGUGCAGUCGAACAGGAGGGUGGAGGGCAGCAGGUUAAGUCAGGACUACAUCAGGAACCAGAGCAGAGCAGUUUGGAAAAUGCGGAACAUGAGAAGAUGGGGCAAAGCGAAACUGCAGACGACAGAGGUGAAGAGCGCAGAACGCUGGAUGAGAGCUUUACCGGUGACGCUGACAUGGAGCAGAGUGAAAAUGAAGGCCGACAACUAAACCAAGAGGAGGGGAGCCAAGAAAAUGAUACCAGCACCAUGGAGGAAACACCGGAGAUCGACACAGAGCGAGACAGUGCAGGAGAAGCUGAAGCAAUGAGUACAUGAGACGAGUGUUUCUGCUUAAAGAAGGGAACGGUGGAAGAGCAAAGAGACUGAACUAACUACUUUAAGGAGUAAAAUAAAACCAAUGUGGGCAAAAAGCAGACUGACGUUCCCUUAGAGCAAACAGAGUUGUGAGAGCUAUUGUAUCUUUUAAACUCUGGUGGUUUACAUUUAUAUUUUGGGCUUCAAACUUUAAUCCUGGCUGUGUUGGCAACACCAGUGGUCAGUUUAAAGUACAUUUCCUAGAAUUCUGUGUGCAACAAAUACUCCUUAAAUAGCUGUGUUUUCAUAAAUACAACAGAAGAGUAGCUGGCCUAUCUAUUAGGGGCACAGCCAAACAAAUUCACAUUUUAAAGAGCCCAUGUCAUGCACAUUUAUGGGAUUGAAAUUUCAUUUUUGUGGUCUACUACGAUAUGCUGCAACUUUUUAAAAAAAAACAAAAAAAAAAACCACAUUGAUUUUCUUCUGCACAUUGCUGCAGCUCUUCUUCUUUCCAUCUGUAAAAUGCUCAGUUCUGUAGUACAGUUUGCUCUGACUGGUCAGCUGACCCGACGAAAACAAGGUGUUGCUAAUUAAAUAAUCCCAACUCUCCAAGUACAGGUAUGCAGCUCUGGCUAAAGCAGCUCCAGUUAAGAGAUAACGGGAGACUUUGAGGAAGCUGAUCUUUCUUUCUUUGAGGGCCAAACCAGCUGCUCGGCAGGUGUUACGCAAAUGUGUAACGAAGUGAUGUAAAGAAGUUAUUAAAGAAAAGGCUGGACUAGCAGGUAAGGAGUAGUGUUUUCUGUGGGAGAGAAUAGCUCCUUUGUAACUUUGUAAGUUUUCAGACAUUUUAAAUGCACAAAAAGCAGCUACAUAACACACUAAAGGAAAGGGCAGCAGAAUAUGUGCUCUUUAAUAAAGUCAGCAGACUGCAUGUUCUUACCUUACUAAGAAGUUGACGUGCCGCUUGUCAGGCCAACUUAAUUUCCAUAUCCAUUAGUGAUUGAGGAUCUGUGCAACGUAAAUUUAUCUCUCCAAGCCUGCAGAUCCUUCCAUGUGCGGCCCAAAAUUUGCGUCUGCAUAGUAACAACGCAAUAAAGGGCAAUAGUGCUUGACAGCACUAAGUAUGCAUGGAAUAUAUAGAUACGACUUACUGUGCAGAUGGUGUCGAGCAUAAAAAUGAUCUGCUGCCAAAAAAGCGAACACUUUGCAUGACCGUUAAUAAAAGACUUCUGAUAGUGUUUGGUUGUAAAGUUGAAAUCAGAGUUCUAAAAUUAUAACCACUAACCUGGAUUAAUGGAUAUCAUGCAUAGGUGAAGUGUUUGACUACGAAAGCUGUUGUUCAAAUAAACACAAUUUUAAUACAGUUGAAUGUUUGAUGCAUAAAAAUGUGCCCAUAGAUGGUAACAGUGUUCAACCCUAACUUUUGUGUUGUAGCUUAAAAGCUGGUUGCAUAUUGCUAACAAAGACCAGCUAUGGCAGUUUUAAAACUACCUCUUCAACUACACAAUGAUGUUUCGACAGAAGUGACUGGUUUACUCAUUUUGAGUUCAACACGUCUAACAUCAAAUCUGUAACUCUAAGUCUUUUCUGUGUUGUAAUGAAAUCAGCCAAAUGUUUGUUGUAAUGGUUUAUUUUAUAUCCAGUUUUCCAUACAGAUAUUUUCUGUUUUGUCAAUAAGCAUGAAGCGAUUAAAAAAAAAAAAUACAGUUUUCUAAAUGAA